AGGACCGUAGUGCGCAGGCGCAGAGCAAACGGUCGCGCGAAGGAUUUGAGUUCGGUUUGAAUGGCCGAGGACGGAGCAGGGCGCUGUGUUUUGAAACUUGGAGCAAUGUAGAAGAUGGCGACACAGCUAAACCUGUCGGAGCCGUCGGAUUCAGACCAGUCGUCUGCGAGCGACCAGUCCGUGUCGAGCCGGAGCAGCAGCAGAGUGGCGGAGAAGAAGAAGGGGAAGAGCGAAGCCGAGGACCCGUUUGUUCUGAGCAUAAAGUACUUCUCCAGAGUUGAAGCAGGUACUCCUGUGCACGGGAACGAUGAGGUGGAGAGACACCUGGUGCUGGUGGAGACGGUGGCCUACAGCAAAGGACUCCCACCGGAGGCCAUCUCUGUUCUGCUGGAGUUUGCCAUGAGCCUCCGUAUGGGGACGACUCUAUGUGCCCGCGUGCUGAAAUGUCUGAUUCCUGCCACUGUGGUGCCUCAGGAGGCUGUUGUUCGAGCAGUGGUCUGGCUGGGUGUUGGCAAAAUACCUAUGAGCACACAAAUUCUUUUCAUAAAGUGGGUGUUGACCAUGUUUGACAUGAUUGAUGGAAAGGACCAACUUCGAGCCAUCUACGGCUUUAUCUUCAGUUUCGUCACAGAAGAAAAUCUGUGUCCUUUUAUCUGCCAUCUGUUAUACCUUUUGACCAUAAAGGAAAGUGUUCGAGUCUUCAGAGUCAGGAAGCUUCUGGAGCUGCAGUCUAAACUGGGACGGCAGCCGUUCCUCAUGCACCUUCUGUCACUUUACAAAGUCUUAUGUCCAGAACUGGUGACUCUCUCCAUUCCAUCACGGAUGAGGAGUGGGUUCAGGAACCACAAUUCCACAUGGAAGUCGACAUUGAUGGGUGUCCAGAAGAGGAACGGUUCCCAGGCUGCCUCGAGCAUCGGUCUGGCUUUCACGAUUAAAGAUAAGGCCAGCUCGAGGAAAAGGAAACACGGCCACCUGCAACUGCCGGCGCUGAGUUCUGUAGUCAAUAAACAGCCUCAGUCUGAGCCUUCCUCAAGCAGAAAGCUGGUCCCACUGGUGCAGCUGCGCUCCUUCGCUCAGCUGCUGGAAAAUAUGCACCAUAUAGAGCUGCCCGCUCAGAUGGGCUCACUGCUGGGCUCCAGUCUGGCACUGCAGUACCUGGACUUCGUGCAGGAUGAGUCUGCCCUCCUACGCCUCAACUUCUGGCUAGGCUACGCUCUUUACGAAGAAUUUCUGUUCUGCGGCGAUGGAGGAGGCUUCCAGAAUUCAGAUGAAGCGCUGCAGUUUUUGAACAAGUUGCUGUCCACAGAGAACUUUCUCCAGGGCGGGUUCACCAGUUCAGAGGCGUUUCUCUACAAGUUCCUCACAGUUUGGGACGGCUCCCUCCUCCGCCCACAGAUCCUCGCCCUGCUGAGCAACAUUCCCGUUGUUCCCAGUUCCCAAAUUGGACGGCUUCUUUUUGAGCCCCUCAUGCAGCUCUUCUUCACGUCCUCCGUGUUUUUCAAGUGUGGACUGGUGGAGUGUCUAAACAGUAUGCUCCUAAAGUGGCUGACCUGGCACUCGGUGUACGCGCUGGAGGACGACUUGGACAUCAGCCUCAAGAGCUACACCUCCAUAAACAUGACUUUGUCGGGGUUCAAGGAUUCAGUGAUGGAUCUGGUUCACUUUGUGGGUCAGCUGGCCUCGGUGGGCCUUCAGCUUGAAGGCUGCCACUCUCUCCUCCUCAGCUUUACCCUGGACUUCUACGAGACGGUGUGCGACAUGUUUCUGAAGUAUGGCCUCCCCCUGGUGGUGAUGCCUCCACCUGGAGUUUUUUACCCAACCCUGUUCGCCACGGACCCCAUUAGUGUAGACAGACUGGCCUACAUCAUGUACAGGUACAAGGUGAACCUGGCUUCAGCCAAGAGUCAAGAAAAGCUCACAGAGGCCUUUCACAUCAGCAGUCAGACGUUCCACGAGUUCAACCGCUACGUAAUCGUCAUGGUCAACAGCCUGUGGAACUCCAGGAUGUUUAAACCAGACAUGGAUUUAAAGCUGAGAGAGGAGCUGCUGCUCAAGAGCAGCGUACCACAAUACUGGGCGAGCUUCGACCUCAUCCACCACCCCGCCUUCAUGAGCUACGCUGUCGACUUUCACCAGAAGUGUUGGCCGGAGAGAAAGGACAUGGACCUCAAUUCCAUAAAGGAUUCAAAGCCGUGGAUCUGGUACCUGGAGUAUUUGUUCACUCAGGGCUACGACGGCUUCAAACUGUUUUUUCAGAGCAACAUCAGCCAGAAGUCGGCAGCAGACGACGAGCAGGACGAAAGCCUGUCUUAGACUCCUCCUCGCGAGACACUUGCAAACGACCCAGGUGUCUUUUUUUUGAACACAUCUCCAAGUUGAACUUUUUUUUUUAUUGUCAGUUCAGCCACAAUAGACAAUAAUGCCCUGGUGGCCGGUUGCCUGAAACAGCAUCAGUAGUCUGUUUAAGUUCAGUGAACACGAGGAACGAUGUUGUGUUUAUUGCAAAGUUAAAAAAACUCAUUCUAACUCACGUUCAUCUUACAGUUGGUAAGACUUUUAUAUCACAAAAAUAAAUUACUUUAUGGCUUAUAAUGCAAAUGACUGCAGACAAACAUAAAUUAUUCUUUGUAGAUUUGUUUUUUGGUUGUUGCAAUAAACACACUCUCAUUCUUUGUGUGAUGGCAACACACUGACAUUGAACCAGCUACUACAUUGGAAAAACAUUUUUCUUUAGCUUACUGUUUGUUUUUGUGUAAUAUAUUCUUGUACAGCUUUGCCACCUGCAAAAUCUGACUUUUGUACAUUGUUGAAAAUAUAAGUGUUGGACUAACCUUACUUUAGAAGCAAAUACAAUUAACCUAGUGUCUUAAAA